ACUUGGUCAAUGUCUACAGCUAAAUGCGUGGUGACGUGCGCGCCACCGUCGCCGAGUUUGAGAGCGCGCGCGUGCGCAGAGCCGGCCUUGCCCUGUGUCUGGGAGGUUGGAAGAUGGAAGAUGAUGAGGUUGCUGAGAGCUGGGAGGAAGCUGCUGAUAGUGGGGAAAUAGACAGACGGUUGGAAGAGAAGCUGAGGAUCAGCCAAAAAGAGAAGAAGUCGAGGUCCCCCCUGAAGACCCCCAUAGUGAUCCAGGACGACUCGCUGCCCGCUGCCCCUCCCCCACAGAUCCGAAUCCUCAAGCGACCCUCGAGUAACGGGUCCCUGGGAGCCUCCAGCCCUGCCCAGCGCCCACCGGCGCAGGUGAAGACGCUGGCACAGAGAGAGGCCGAGUACGCAGAGGCUCGCCGCAGGAUCCUGGGGAGCGCCAGCCCAGAGGAGGAGCCAGAGAAACCCAUACCGACCACCGACAGGCCAGUUCGAGUCAGUGCCCCCUUGGAGGAAGCCAGACCGCCCAACAAUGUGAUCCGGCAGCCGACAGGACCCGAUGGCACACAGGGAUUCCGCCAGUGGAGAUAGGCAGUGUAGGGGUGAGAAUGCACGCCCCUGGAACCGCAGGACUGUCCGGCUUGGAGGAGGAGGUGGGGGGGAGGAGUAUCAGGAGGGGGUGGGGGAGACCCUUCCCAAACCCAUACCCCCCACCCCCUUCCAUGGGGAGGAUGUGCAGAGGGAGAGGGGGGAGGUAUCCGCCUGAUCCAAGCAACGCACUGUGACAAUGAAGAAGCAGCAGCCUCUUCACGACUCCGCUCACUGUGACCUUUGCCCCUCCCCCUCUUGCACUGUGCCGCCACCCCCUCCUCGCCUGGCCCACUGUGACUGGCACACCGCUACGGGCUCUCCCGGAACGCCAUGGCAGAAGAAGGGACUCGGGUUCAAGGAACUGAGAGAAAUAAUAAGCGAAAGAGAAAAUAAUGAAAGAAGCGGGUGCCAGCUUUUCCCAGCAAUAAUAUUAUUCACGAUCUCCCUAAUCAUCAGAUCGGUUGUUUUUUUUUUUUGUAUUUUUUUCGGUUUCAUAUCAAAUACGGUGCCUGGUAUCUCUGCAAGAGCACCUUUUAAUGUGUUUUUCGGGGCCUACCUGGUUUGUAAAAUGUAAGUUCUACUUCAUUUUUUUUUUUUUUUUAAUUGUCAAAUUUAUUAGGAAUCAGAACGUUCCUUAAAUGCAAUUUGUAUUGUAAAUAUAUGUAAAGCUGAGCAGAGAAUAGGGACAGCUGAAUGAGAUGGGUCCAGCCUAGCUUGUGGGGACCUCUAGUGGCCCCUAUUGUGUUUAAUGUGCCACAUGCUCCUUUCUCUGUUCGAGUAUUGUAGUUUCAUUGAAGGGGUGCACUCCUCGCUCCCCAUCCUCACCACUGUUUUUUGUAGUGUUUGCCUACACCAACAAAGUCUGUAAAUUACGUUUUUGUCAGGCUGCUACAAUGCAGUUUGGGGCUUGAAUUUGGCUUUAGUGAAAUUCCUGGUUGAAAUAAAAAUCUGAACUUCGCAGUACUUGAGGACUGAGGUUGGUAACCACUGCUGUAGCGCAUUGUCACGUUUCACAGACACUGAUUGGGACUAAUUGUGAGACUAGUAGUUGCAGAUAAUCUGUGUCUGUAAAACGAAAUGAUAACGCGCUAGAGCAGUUAUUUCCAACCGCAGUCCUCAACCAGCAUUAAGAACCUGAGACUCAACUGUGACAGCAUCUUUCUUCUCCAAGCACAUUUACAUGCUCAGUUACGAAGAGUGGAGUGCAAGAACGUGUUUGUCUCAGUGGUACUGUUUUCAACAGGCUAGAUAGAGGGAGAGAGAGAGAGACCCACUUUUUUUUGUAUCCAUCACAGCACAGUUAUAUAGCUAAAGACAACACUGUUUUCAAUGACUUGACAAUGAAUUAGCUGAAACAAAUCUUUAAUAAAAAAAUUGUUUGUUUUUUAACUGUAAAUUUGCUCCUGUGCCUAUGAGAAUGUUUUGUUUUCCUGCCCCACUACAGAGCUGUUAAACAGCCCCUCAGGCUCGGCAUUCAGGGGUUUGCAGGUUUCCCAGUUCCCAUCUUCAGCUGUAACAAUUCCAUUGCUGGACAGUGGUGUCUACAAAACCCUCCUCAUUGCAGACACAAAUCCUUUCAAAAACUACCCAGCUUUAUUCACGAGGUAUAUUUGUACCUCGGUUCAUUGUACCCAAGCUUGCUGAUUUGUGACCAGCAAAAUGUAAGGCCCUACAGUUUUGUGUUUCUUUAUUUUAUAAGCCACUGCCACAGCCAUCGCAACAAAUCUCUGCUUGAAAUGACUUUUUACUCAAUUCUCCAGUACAAACCAGGGGUAUGCACUACAUGUGUUCCAAGCCAAUUGAACAGAUACGAGUUAACAUGACUGCAGAAUGAUGGUUCUGACUCGGGUAAGGCAUUCGCAAACAGUGAAAUGUAAUGUGAUAUUUUGCAGAGACCUGUUGCUGGUCUUGAACAUGGCAAUGGCUGAACUUCCCAACUUCAGUCUACAACUUUAAAUCACAUAUUCAAAUACAGACAACUGUAGUGUAAGAUUAAUUUAAAGUUGGAAGUUAACUCGGCAACCAUAUGCUAAAGAAGGAGGGUUGCAUCCAUGCAGUGUUUUGAUUUCAGCCCCCCUCCCAGUUCUGUGUGUUAUUAUUUUUGUGUUUACUUUUAGUUAAUUUACAGUUGUUGGGGUUUACAGUCAUCUUUGCUUGUAAAAAAAAAAAAAAAGUCUUGUGAUCGAUCAGUUGAUAGCCAUACUGUUUGUGACUUUUUCUUGGAGCCUUUUGUGUUCCAUACAUGUUGUCCUGUCCAGCAGAAAGGGGCAUGCAUCAGACUUAACUAUGUCCUUACAUGUUUGUUCCCUUUCUGUAAAGAUACCAUCUCAUCCCUGGCUAGAGGAUAAGCUAGGAGCUUCUACUUAAACUUAGGUAAAGCUCUAGAGAAGCUUUAAAGUCCAUUGGCCCAUCCAUCGAGGGAGUAACAUUUUAUGUGUGUGUGUGUGUUUGUGUGUGUUUGUGUAGUCCUCUAUACUACAUAGUAUGACUUGUAAGAAAUCAGAGGAAGCUGUAUAAAGAACAAAUUGAAAUGUGUACCAAAUGUAUCGACAAGCACUGUCUGGGGUUCUAGCCAGGAGUGAAAAUAUUGAUAAUUGAGUUGAGUGCCUAUGAACAUUAAAACUAACCCUGUCCAAGAGCCAUUGUCUCAAGCUGUUGAGCUGACCCUGCUUACAUAAGUUUAGGUUCAAUCUGCAGUAUUCCUAAAACAGUGGAAAUGUAUUGCAUAUAGUGUAAUCAGAAUAUAUAUAUAUUUUCCUAUGUUGUGCAAAAGCAAUGAAUGUGCUAAGCCAUGAUUUUUCCAGGAUAGCCUUUAUUCUGACGCUCCCUCACUGUAGGAGUGGAGGUUGGACCUUGUUACCCUUUGUAGUAGUUUCAGUGGUUGUGAAUCCAGAGUAGGUCCAAAGACCAGAAAGCAUUGCAUAAUCACAUAACCGCAAUGUGCAA